CCGUCUCGCGUCCUCACUUGCUGACGAUCGAUCUGGGGGACUUGACUCUGUCAGUGAAGAUCAUCAUCAUCAUGUUGCUGGACUGCGUCACAAAGAGAAAACGGAUUGAAAGAUUUCUCGGGCCAGUUUUGGUUCGUUGGUGACUUUCCAGGACGGUUUUAGUGCCGUGACCAAUUAGGUGUCAAAGCCUCUUCCUCUUCAUUUGGACGAGACGCGAACUGGUAAAAAGUUCGGUUCUUUUUGGCACUGAUAAGGCUUUCAUUUUUUGUCCGUUGGCCACAAUCUCAACGUUAUUGACUUGAUUGCCCUGUGACUGUUUGCUCUCCACGGAAUUGCUGGAAAAAUUGCACACGUAUCAACAACACAAAAUGCUCUCGCAUUACAUCAAAAUCGUGAUCAAAUCGUGACCAACCCCUAUCUUGCGCGGAAAUGGCUUCUUUCUCUCUCUGGAUUGUCUGUCUUUGUUGGUUCAUAGCCGUUUUUGCGGCCGAGCAGGAGACUACCCUCAAUUUGAACGGGCCCAAUGUGUGCACGGAGCAAGAAGUGUCGCAGAAAAAAGUUAACAUCUCCACCCUGACCACGGCCUCAUUCUUGGAGUAUGAGCUUUGCUUCAAUAUCCCGCCCAAGUGCCCCAAAUGGGUCACCAAGCACAUGCCAAAAUGGCGGGAGGAGACCAUUGAGCGGGUCAUCAAUGUGGUCAAGUGCUGCCAAGGGUACCAGGUGACCGGAAGCACGUGUUCCCCCGUGUGCACGCAAUCGUGCCUCAAUGGGAAAUGCGUGGAACCUGAAACGUGUGCCUGUUUGCCGGGGUUCAGUGGGAAAGCUUGCAAUCUGGUCGGUUGUCCCAAUGGCAAUUGGGGACCAGAUUGUUCCCAGCCAUGUAAUUGUGAAAAUGACGGUCAUUGUGAGCCCACUAGCGGCCUUUGCCAAUGCUUGCCCGGCUAUGAAGGUCUCCAUUGUCAGAAAAAAUGCUCGGGAUUAAAGUACGGCCAAGGAUGUGCGAAGAAAUGCAAGUGCGGGCCAGGCAGCUCCUGCCAUCACGUCACGGGCGAGUGUAUCAAUUGUCCUCAAGGAACAUACGGACAGGAUUGCGCCCAGAAUUGCGAGUGUGCCAAGAAUGGCACCGCUCUGUGUUUCCACGAGAAUGGAAACUGUUUUUGCCAGACCAAUUUCUACGGACGUUUGUGCGAGAUGCAUUGCCCGUUUGGCUAUCUCAACGGCAAGUGUCUCCAAGAGAUGCAAGAUGGCGAGUGCAAUUGCGCCUCGGAUCUCUAUCGGUGCGACUCCGAGCUCGGAUGUGUUUGCAAGGACGGUCUGGAUUGCGAGGGCGGGACCCAAAUCAUCAAUUUUGCCUCGUUGUCAAACCAGGACCCGAAUUCCUCCAAUAGCUCCUUGGGGCUAAUUGUGGCCUUGGUCAUUAUUUUAGCCAUUAUCAUGGCGAUCUUAGUGGCCAUCUACUAUCGCCGACGGAUGAGACGUCUCAAAGACGACUUGCAGAACCGCUCCGUGAAAUACAUCGAGAACAGCAUGCAUUCACCCUUAAGGGACAUGGCUCAGAAACAUGACUUGGUCGUCACCAAUGCCGAUCCUUACCUGAGCGACAACGAUGGAAUCAAAAACCUGCCCAAUAACGCCACGGCCAUCCAUAUGCCGAGUGGUUCCGGGAGCCAAGCCGGACGACCCGAGAAGAAUACCAAUAUUGAUAACUUUAAACUCGGUAAAGAUGAACUCUUAGCGGAAGCACAAGGGACACCCAGAGCAGCUCGUUCUUGGGCGGAUGGAGCUUGCCGAAUCGAUCCAGAUGAAGUGUCAGAUAAUGGAGAGGAACCUGAAGACAUUCCAUUUCACCAUGAACCCGCCGAUAUCAAUGUGUACCAAGAGUUCUCCCCGACGAAGGAGCGAAACAAUGCCAAAUUGGCUGACUUAAACCGAAAACUGAACAAACCCAACGUGAAUGUCAUCUUAAAUAAUGUCAGAGACACGGACUCAACCACGAAUAGUCACUCCAAUCAAAGGAAUGACGAAGAUCCUAAGUUAACGGUUCGACUAAAACAUAACAAUCUUUGACGAAGUAAUACGACUUUAACGACUAGCAUGAGUGAUAUCGACAAUUUUGAAACCAACAAAAAAUGUAUCCUUAUUUCUUUUUUUUUCUUCCAACGCAUUUAUAAUCAUUGUAGCUGGCAAUAAAACAAAGGUGAUUUACCUUACACGUACUCAAAUGA